UUCAGCGAACACGUAACUUACUCACCUUAUAACAAGACCCUUUCUACAUCUAUCUAUCAUGAGUGGGUUUCGUGUGUUGGACCUUGUCAGUCCGUUUACCCCGUUCGUGCCCGAAGUCAUUGCGCCUGAACGUAAAGUUGCCUUCCAGCAGCGGGUCAUGUGGACUGGUGUCACCUUGUUGAUCUUCCUUGUCAUGAGUGAAGUACCACUUUAUGGAAUUGUGUCAAGUGACCUGUCUGAUCCACUUUUGUGGUUGAGAAUGAUGUUGGCCUCCAACAGAGGUACGUUGAUGGAGCUCGGGAUUUCUCCCAUUGUGUCAGCUGGAAUGGUAUUUCAGCUUUUACAAGGUACCAAAUUAAUUACCGUCGAUAUGGGUAACAAAUCUGACAGAGAGCAAUUUCAAACCGCCCAAAAGUUGUUUGCCAUCUUGUUGGCAAUUGGCCAGGCCACCGUAUAUGUGUUGACCGGAAUGUAUGGCCCCACCUCGCUGUUGGGCCUUGCUGUGUGUCUUUUAUUGAUUUUACAAUUGGUGUUUGCCUCCAUUGUGGUGAUCUUAUUGGACGAGUUGUUGCAAAAGGGCUACGGGCUCGGCUCUGGUAUCUCGUUGUUCACCGCCACUAACGUGUGUGAACAGGUAUUCUGGAAGACAUUUGCGCCUACCACCACCAAUGUUGGUAAAGGAGUGCAAUUUGAUGGGGCUAUUGUGGCUUUAUUCCAUCUUUUGGGAUCUCGGCAAGACAAGAAGCGGGCGUUGUUGGAAGCCUUCUACAGAACCACCGGGCCAAACAUGUUGCAAGUGGUGGCCACUGUUGUUGUAUUUUUUGCGGUAGUAUAUUUGCAAGGGUUCCGGAUCGAAUUGCCAGUCAAGUCCACCCGUCAAAGAGGCCCAUACGGUGUUUACCCCAUCCGGUUGUUCUAUACUUCCAACAUUCCCAUCAUGUUGCAGUCUGCGUUGACCUCCAAUAUCUUUUUGAUCUCGCAGUUUUUGUUUGUCAAGUGGCCUGAAAACUUGUUUGUCAAACUCUUGGGAACAUGGGAUGCCAGAUAUGGUACCAACCGGGCCGUGAGUGGAUUGGCUUACUACGUGCAGCCACCCACUGCGUUCUCCGAGGCACUUUUGGAUCCGUUCAAAACGGUGAUAUACGUGGUGUUUGUAUUGGGAAGCUGUGCAUUGUUCUCCACCACCUGGAUUGAAAUUUCAGGCACUUCACCUCGUGACAUCGCCAAGCAGUUCAAGGAACAAGGAUUGGUGAUUGCCGGUCACAGAGACACCAGCGCUUAUAGGGAAUUGAAGAAAAUCAUCCCCACAGCUGCUGCAUUUGGGGGAGCUUGUAUUGGUGCUUUAUCGGUUGUUUGUGACUUGAUGGGAACAUUAGGAUCAGGAACCUCGAUUUUAUUGGCGGUGACCACCAUUUACGGUUACUACGAGUUGGCCGUGAAGGAGGGAGGCUUGAAGCUGUCGCUUGUCAGUGGCUUCAGCGAUGGAAUCUAGAUUUGAUUUCUAUAGCACAUUCGAAUACACAUUGACAUUAUA